UAUNAAAAGUAUGCAAAAUACCAGUAUUAAUGAAAAUGUCUUAGGUUUAUCCAAACCACAACUGAAAGUUCUUCAAUGUAUAUGUUCUAAUAAAACUCCUACUGGUGCCAGUUAUGAUUAUUUAUUUUCUCAGCUGAAUACUAUGAAUAAACAUAUCAUCUUAGAGACAGUAGAAUUCCUGUGCAAUGAAGGUCAUAUAUACAAUACUAUAGAUGAUGAUCAUUUUAAGGCUACUGAUGAAGAACUUUUCUAAGAAUCGUUAUAUCAUCCUGAAAUUCCUACAAGUUUGAAAGUGAUUUGUUGCUAAGGGUGUUUUAAAUAUAAAAUUUCAUAUAUAACAAAUAAAUACAUUUCAUAAUUCACAGAUGCUGAAUGGUUCUCUAAUUUUUAUGUAGAAGAUUGGAUAUUAUUGGCACUUUAUAAGGGAGUGCCAUAUUGAGAUUUGACUGUAUAUUCAAGGUGCAGUUAUUAAGUAACCAUAAAAGUGUUAUUAUAUGCAAAUGAAACCAGAUGAUUUAGCUGUAUGCUAAUGAGUGUUCAAAAUGACUCUCUCAUAUGAGUGUUGCACAAAUAUUGAGUUGUGCUGUGGUGAGAUUUUUACAGACAGAAGGCUUGAAACCUAUUGGUAUUCUUUAUUUAAUGUUCUUAGUCUAUAUGGUUAACAGUUUGUCACAGAGAUGUGUACAGAUGAAUUGAAUAAUUCAGUAAUGGUGUCAUUUCCAUGGAAAAUGCUUUCUGAUCAGGAUGAGCAUUUAGUGUUGUGAACCGUAAUACUGUUGAAGCUAUUGAUAAUAUAAUACAGGAAAUUUGACAUGUAACUGUAGAUGAGGUGACUUUAGAACUACAAAAGUUACAGAUCAGCAUACAAAACCAUUCACUGCAAGCUGAGCUAUCACAAUGCCACUGGGUUGUUGCUUCAAGAUACAGGGAUUGGAGAAACUACUUUGAACAGCUCUGUUUUAUAGUCAAAUUGAACUAUUCCUGAAAAAUGUGCCAUCAAAGGUACUACCCUAUUUUUUUCUCAUAUGCCAAGCUUAUAUCUUUGUCAAGAAACUGUUACUUUUGCUGUUAAAAAAUCUACUUACCUGUUUUUGUGAAAUGAUUGUUUGUGCAUACUUGUAGGAGCUUCUGUGACCCAAGUUGCUGAGUUGAUGUAACAAGAUCUACUGUUCCCUCGAUCACGUCUCAGUAUGUGAAGACAGGCAAAAACAUCUGCCAACAGAAGCAGCUAUGGUCAAAAGUCAAAGUUAAAGCAGAUAGAAUACUGUCGAAUUGUAAUGAGAAAACAUAAAACUAUGGUAGUGUAAAUUACUGUAGAAUUUUGCAAGGGUACCAGUAUCAGUGAAAAUCAUCUGUACACUACAUAAAGUUAAUGUUAGUGUUGCAAUAGCCAAACCUUUGUUGACAUCACAAAACAUCAAACAGCUGUGUGCAGUGGUGCAAAAAGUACAAAACAUGAAAACAUAUGGUUGGUUGAGUCAAUUUUUACUGUUUUCCACUUCUGAUCAUGGGAUGAAGCUUACAAUGUUGACUGCCUUAAUCGCUUUAGUUCCCAGCAAUUUUUGAUAUUAAUGUAAUUAAACAUAAAAAAUACUUAAAACUGAUUGAAUUAAACCAACUGUCAAGAAUGGCAGAGGUUACUGUAUGAUUUCAGUACAAUAUCACUCAACUCAUUGGGUCUAACAGUCAUCCUCAAAGGAUGAGUAACAGCCAAGAGAUAUCUGCAUAUUCUGAGUGACUAACUCCAUUCCAUGAUCAUUUAGUUUCCAGAAGGUAAUACUAUCUUUCAGUGACAAUGCUCCUAUUCACACUGCUGGGUAUGUUCAAUCUUGGUUCAAGGAGCAUGAAACUGAAGUUAUCCUGUCCACCCCAAUCACCAGACUCAAAUAUUGUUGAGGCAUUCUUGAGAAACAGUUUAGAAGCAGAUUUCCACAUGCUACAUCUACCAAGGAAUUAUCAUCAGUAUUGGUUGAAGAAUGGUGAAAUUAAUAUUAAUGUUAGGCUGCAACUUGAAAAAAUUGUAGACCUAUAAAUUCCUACUAUAUGUCUUUCCUCAAUCUCGAGAAUGGAGUUAGAUGAAUGUCGAGAACAUAAUUGGAAAGCGUAAGGGCAGGAAGUCCCCAUUAACGAUUAACUAUAUGCAAACUUCCGACGAAAACUGGAAGCCAUGUUAUUUCAAUUCAAAAAUUUCCCCUGAAAGGAGUUAGAUAGCAGUUGAGUUGUGACGAUCAUCUAAAGGAAAAGUAUGAUGUACAGGGGCAAGCCACUACUAAUUUGAGAUUGAGAGUAUAUAUUUUCAAUUAAAUAAAGAUUAAAAAAUUGGGAGCCCAGCAUUAAGAUGUCAUUCCUGAUUUAUAUUUGUCUCUUCCUCAACAUAUUUCAGUUGUAUUAUCUGCAAAACUCCUUAUUAAUAAACAAAAAGUGAUAUUUCAUUGAUGCUCAAAAUAUUUUGCCUUACCUCUGUAUUUGGUUUGAGGUCCUUCCAUAUCCUUUGUACUCUCAACUUGUCAUCACUCUGGCUUUUCGUCCCAACCCAUUUGUCAAACACAUUUUUUAUUUGCCCAGUUCCUAUUUUGUUUUCUAUAACUUUUUGUGCCAACCAGAAAUGAAAAGACAACUGACAAUAUAAAACAAAGCAGAUUUAUGACUGAGUUUCUCAAGUAACUUUAUUUUUGUUUAUUAACAGUAAAAUUAACAAGACCGAUUCAUGUUCUGUGAUACUCUUUUUCAACGAGCGACUUUUUUUUUUCUUUAUGGGAUCUGCUCCUUAGCUAUUCGCCACUCCAAUUGCCAGAUGAAUAUAAUUUUCUCAAAUUGUGAAUUUUGCAACAGGCAGAUUUGCCCCUGAUCAUGUAACUUCUAUCUCUGGAACACAGAAAAAUAACUCUGCAAGGCCACCAUUUCUACUCUGACGAAGAGUUCAGUGUAUGGUGCAUGAGUGCUUAGCAGUCAGCCAAAAGCCUUUCGUACUUUUGGCAUUCGUGCAUUGGUACAAGUUCACUGACGUCAAGGGGAACUUAGACAAAUAGGCUAUACCUUUACCCUGUAAAUAGGUGUUCCAUAGCAUUUUUGCAGUUACUUAAUAAUUAGAUUUCCUGAAUACAGUUACAAGGGUCACUCUAUCUAUUGUUUGCUAUGUUAGAUUUAUAUUAACAAGAAAUAUUUUAUACUUUUUUUUCAUGGAGUAUUAAUUUAUAUUCAUUUUAUUAUAUGAAAUGUAUUAUUUUUUUUUUUAAAUAAUCAU